AUGGAUUUUUCCGCAGCUUACGACCCGACUAUCUUCGGCAAUGUUUCGUCUCUUGAGACCGCCGCCGAAAACUUUCGAAACCUGAACGGAGUCUCCAUCGUACAGACAACGCUAAAGAGCCUAAUUCUCCAACAUGAAGUGGCCGAUAGUUUCGGGGUUGCGCUUGUCCACCGUCAUUUUGACUUGGACAAUGGAACAGUCCUUGUAGAGAAGGACAUGGUUCUUUCUCCCUGGGCAUGCGACAGCUCCUGGGAUAAGUUUGGCGGCAAGAUUGCCCCCAUUUCAUGGCUUUGCAAGGGGGACAAAACGUUCCCAUACGAAUUUGGUUUCUUUUCCUACCGCCAAGCGAUGCCGAUGAAACUUGAAGAACACAGUGCAUUUGUCCAAGCAUAUUUUGAUGCUGUCAAACAGCAUGGGCUCGAGGAAUACAUCGGUCUUCGGCGCCUGUCUGGACGUGAACCUGAGGAAAUGCUGGAAUGCACAGAGGGCAAAGUGAACAUCAACUUUCCAAUUAGUGAGAUCCCUCCAGAAUUUGUUGAAAACGGAACGCAGACAAUGUGGUUUUUCGACGGCCAGCCUCCAUACCGUAUGUAUCGAUGCUCGUGCAUCAAUACUGGCAGCAAGGACAAUCCAAAUCACAAUCAUAUUGAUCGCAACUAG